ACUCAGCUGGUCUGGGAAACCGAGUCAGAGAGGCAGCCAGCUCUAAGUGCUCUCUGCCAGCAGCAUAAGGAGCCAAGAUCAUAUUGCUUCCUCAGAAAGAACAGCGAGAGUCAAAGGAUGAUGAUGAAGAUGAAACGGACUCUGUGGAGAAUUUCUUGCUUGGUGACUCUAGUGGUGGAGCUCAGCUGGAUACAUGUGGGCCACAGCGCACACAGGGAGGGAGCAAACAGGCGAGUAAUCAAACAGUGGGAAAGGAAGGUGCGGUCGUCCUCGAGCCUGGAUGAGCUGCUAAGACUCGCAGACUUUCCUGACUGGAAACUGUGGAAGUGUCGACUUAGACUACAGCAGCCAGAGACCCAGCCAGAGACCCUCACUUCUCCUCUCUCAGUGGGGUCACACCGUUCCACACGCUUUGCUGCUGAAUCCUACAGCUUGGAGAUUCUUACAGCCAUAGACGAAGAGUGGCAGCGUACGCAGUGCAUGCCCAGGGAAACAUGUGUUGAAGUGGCUAAGGAGCUGGGCACCGACCACUCAGUGUUCUUCAAGCCACCUUGUGUGUCUGUCCACAGAUGUAGUGGCUGCUGCAAUCAAGAGGGCGUCACCUGCAGAAACACAACUACUGAAUAUGUCAAUAAAACUGUCCUCAGUGUAAUCCCAUUCAAGUUUGUACCAGAACCUGUGCUAGUAAAAGUUGCAAACCAUACAGAGUGCAAGUGUUUGGAGCCUGCAAUAAUACGACGGAACGCUCAGCCUCACAGGGGCAAUGGCUGUGCUUUGGGCCAGCUGUCACAGGCAGAGGACUCCAAGAGACUGUGUGCCAGUGGAUUCAUUUGGGACUGUUCAUCUGAAAGAUGCAUACCUUACCCUUCCAGUACACCGGAGCUUCCGCUCAGUUCGUGGAUGCCAGAUUGUGAGAUAGACGUGGAACGUUGUGACUGUCUUCCUAGAACUGAGCCAACACUCCAGUCAAGAACCACCCAUCGCUGUCAAGUCAACUCCUCUAUCUGUGCCCACAAGCAUCAACGCUUUGACGAGGCAUCAUGCAGAUGCAGAUGGCCCAAGUAGACGUCCACUGUGGAAUAAACUACAACGACCUGCCCUCCAACGAUGUUUGGAGGCAGAGAAAGAAGACUUAUAAUUUAUUUACAGUCCUA